AAUGAUUCGUUAAAUGGUGAGCAAAACCAAUCAUCCUCCAAGGAAGAGUCUCACCAUGCGGCCCCAGUGCAAUUUAACGCUCCCUUUGAUAAACUGAUUGGCGAAGAAAACUGGGCCGAUUGGCGAAUGCUUAUGGAGUUCUACCUUGGAGACCUCUUCGUGUGCACCAUGAAAGAUCCACCCCCUGAGGCCCUUGCCGAUCGAACUGGCAAAAUCUUUAAGGAAGACCUAAUGGCACGCCAGAAGAUUUCCUUCGGGAUUGACAAGAGUCUCGUCAAGUAUCUGCGUGGCGCCAACACCGCGCAUCAGGCGUGGUCCAAGCUCUGCCAUGCAUUCGAGGAUAAGUGAGUUUUCCGCCGUGCUUCCCUGCUUCGCAAAAUGGACCAUCUGAAACAAGAAGGUUCCCUCACCCAGUAUGUAUUGGAUUUUCGUGAAGUGGUCAAUCAAAUUGCCGACACUGGAAAAGCCAUGGAGGACGAGAUGUGUUCGGUCCUUCUGAUGGCAAACGUAAAACCAGUCCAUAAAGCCUUCUGCCAAAUUGUGGUGAGGACCUGCCAAACCAAACUGCCUGAUGGUACCCCAACCCUUGACUUCAACACCAUCUCUGAAGAACUCCUUAUAGAAGGCAACAAGAUCAAAAGUGAGGAGUCCCCUGCUCAAAAUCAAAAUAGUGCAAAGUCUGCGCAAAAAUCCGGACCGGGGAAGUCACGGGAUGGCUCAUGGAAUCAACAUGGCCACCGUGAUGGAGGUCGCAGUGGAAACUCUAGGCGGCCAUCCAGCAGCAAGGGUAAAACCAAUCAAUAUCAACAAAAAUCAAAACCAAAAUCUGACGAUGGCAAGCAGACAGGAAAGUUUCCGCCCUGCAUCCAUAUCCAUUGCUCUAAAACCAAUCACCCAGCUAGCAUCUGUUUCUUUCGCCACAGCUCACAUGCAGCAACAGGUGGGCGUAAAAGAAAAUCUGAGACAGAGGACAGCAAUGACAGUCCUAAGAAGCGAGAAAUACAAGACGACUCCACUGGCCCUACCAGGUGGGUCAUCAAAAUGGCCAGACGUGGCCGUUAAGGUACAGCGAAAAACCACUAUUUUGGAUAUUGAUGUCGGCUCACUUUGGAAAAUGUUCUACUCGUAGAGGUGAUUAACGGUGCAAAAGAGAUUUUUUUUUGCGACUUCAUCUUCUACCUCCAAUAAAGCCUUGAACUUUAACAUUGAACUCUUAUGGAGAAAACACUCAAAAGUGAAAUUUUCCAUUUAAUGCUUUAGUUUAAUUUUUUAUUACGAAAACUCUUUAAGAAAUGCAAUCUACACUCAAAAGCGCGUCAGGUGACGUGCCACAAUUCAUCCUCGCCUUCGUUGUUCGUGAGGUGGAUAAUUGCAUUUCAAAAAGAGUUUUCGAAAAAAUAAAUUAACAUAAAGCAUUAAAUGGAAAAUUUCACUUUUGAGGGUUUUCUCCAUAAGAGUUCAAUGUUAAAGUUCAAGGCUUUAUUGGAGGUAGAAGAUGAAGUGGCAAAAAAAAAUCUCUUUUGCACCGUUAAUCACCUCUACGAGUAGAACAUUUUCCAAUGUGAGCCGACAUCAAUAUCCAAAAUAGUGGUUUUUCGCUGU